GUAGGAGUUGAAACAGUUGAUGUCCAGGAUGUGAGGGGUCUGUAGAUAUUUUCCCAGCCCUCUUUUUGACUCAUGCAGUAUACAGGUCCUCCAUGGAAGGCAGGUUGGUAGCCGUUGUUUUUUCUGCAGUUCUAAUGAUCCUCCGAAGUCUCUGUCUGUCUUGUUGGGUUGCAGAUCCAAAGCAGACAGUUAUGGAGGUGCAGAUGGCAAAACUCAAUCAUUCCUCUGUAGAACUGGAUCAGCAGCUCCUUGGGCAGUUUGAGCUUCCUGAGUUGGCUGAGAGACGAGCAGAGGGAAGAGGAGGAGGAGGCCUGCUUCCCUCCCUUCCUCCCCAGACUUGGGGGGGGGAGGCGUGUUCAUUGCGUGGCACAUCAAACCGCCCCCCCCACCGGCUGGCAAGGAGAGGCUUCCUUCCCAAGCAAAGCCUCCAAGCCUUUCUCCCAACAGCUGGCUUCGCAAAGCGGGAUCCCCUCCUCGAAGUCUACCCACACCAUGUCCCCAUCAUCCCUCCUGCUCCUUUUACUUUUCCUAACGUCCCUGGAGGGUGAGAGCCACGCAGCAGAGGACGAUAAUUUAUUGGUCUUCGCUGUGGCCACCAAGGAGACGGAAGGCUUCAAACGUUUCAGAAGUUCAGCCCAGGUUUUUAACUAUAAUCUCAAGGUUCUGGGACUUGGCGAAGAAUGGCAUGACCGAGAGGACCAGAGAACAGCAGGCGGACAGAAGGUCCGUCUUUUGAAAUCGGCUUUGGAAGCAUAUGCAGAUAAAGAAGAUUUGGUGGUUCUUUUCACCGAGAGCUAUGACGUCAUCUUUGCUUCAGGGCCCGCAGAAAUCCUGAAGAAGUUCAAGCAGGCCAAGUCCAAAGUUGUCUUUUCAUCGGAGACACUCAUCUAUCCGGACCGGAGGUUGGAAGCCAAGUACCCGGUGGUCCAAGAAGGGAAACGAUUCCUGGGAUCCGGAGGAUUCAUAGGUUAUGCUCCUUAUCUCAGCCAGCUUGUGGCCGACUGGCAAGGCCUGGACAGUGAGAGCGACCAGCUGUUUUAUACCAACGUGUUCCUGGACCCUGAAAAGCGGAAGGCCAUCAACAUCACUUUGGAUCAUAGGUGCCGGAUCUUCCAAAACCUUAACGGCGCUCUAGACGAGGUGGCUCUCAAAUUCGAAAACGGCCAGGUGAGAGUGCGGAAUCUGGCCUUUGAUACCCUCCCUGUUGUGAUUCAUGGAAACGGACCCACCAAGCUGCAGCUAAAUUACCUGGGGAACUACAUCCCUCAGUCCUGGACCUUCGACGGCUGCACCGUUUGCAAAGAAGGCCUGAAGAAUCUCAGUGGCUUGAAGGAAGACUCACUUCCUCUGACCGUGAUUGGCGUCUUUAUUGAGCAGCCCACCCCUUUCCUGGACCAGUUCUUCAAAAGGCUCCAGCUUCUCCGCUAUCCGAAAAAGAAAAUCCACCUGUUCAUUCACAAUCACGAGGAACAUCACCUGCCCCAGGUGAGCUCCUUUGUGGACAAGCACGGCCAGGAAUAUCGCUCCCUGAAAGUGAUGGGGCCGGAGGAUAACCUGGAGAACGCCGAUGCUCGCAACCUGAGCAUGAAUCUGUGCAAGCAGAACCCUGCGUGCGAAUAUUACUUCAGCCUGGAUGCCGAGGUGGUGCUCAGGAACCCAGAGACCCUGCAGAUCCUCAUGGAGCAGAAUAAGUUUGUGAUUGCCCCUCUCGUGAGCCGCAUCCGGAAGCUGUGGUCGAACUUCUGGGGGGCCUUGAGUCCCGAAGGCUAUUAUGCCCGCUCAGAGGAUUAUAGGGACAUUGUCCAGAGGCGGAGGAUUGGCCUCUGGAAUGUCCCGUACAUUUCUAGUGUCUACCUGAUCAAGGGCAGUGUCCUGAGGUCGCAACUCGCCCAGCUGGAUCUUUUCCGCAGCGGCAAACAAGACGCCGAUAUGGCUCUGUGCCAUAACAUUCGUGAGCAGGGGGUGUUCAUGUUUUUGACAAACCAGCAGCCGUUCGGGCACAUCCUAUCCUUGGAGAAUUAUCAGACGAGCCACCUGCAUAACGAUCUCUGGCAAAUCUUCAGCAACCCGGAGGACUGGAAUGAGAAAUACAUUCACCCAAACUACACCGACGCCUUAAAAGGGAAAUUGGUAGAAACGCCCUGCCCAGAUGUCUACUGGUUCCCCCUCUUCACCGACACAGCUUGCGACGAGCUGGUUGAAGAGAUGGAGCACUUUGGCCAGUGGUCCAAGGGAGACAACAAGGACCAGAGGAUUUUGGGGGGCUACGAGAAUGUCCCGACCAUUGACAUCCACAUGAACCAGGUCAACUUCGAGCGAGAGUGGUACAGAUUUCUCCUGGAUUACAUCGCACCCAUCACGGAGAAGUUCUACCCCGGUUAUUAUACCCAGACCCAGUUUGAGCUCGCCUUUGUCGUCCGGUACAAGCCGGACGAGCAGCCGUCCCUGAUGCCGCAUCACGACGCUUCCACGUUCACCAUCAACAUCGCCUUGAAUCGCGUGGGGAUCGAUUAUGAAGGCGGGGGCUGCCGCUUCAUCCGUUACAACUGCUCCAUCCAAGCCCCCCGGAAGGGGUGGACCCUCCUGCACCCGGGCCGCCUGACGCAUUACCAUGAGGGUCUCCCUACCACCAAAGGGACCCGCUACAUUGCCGUCUCCUUCCUCGAUCCCUAGAGCUGCCACCAGGAAGAAAAACCUGGAGGUGGGGGUGGAAUUUUAUUUUAUUUUUUUGCCAACCCAUUUCAGCCCCCUCCCCCAUUGGCUGCACAUUCUCCCAAGGAAGAAGUGGGGGGGGGAGAGACUUCCAGAACAGAUGAUUUGAUUGGAUACCGCUUGGUUGCAAGAGAGAUUGCCUAGAUCAGUGAUGGCUAAUCUUUUUGCCAUCGUGUGCCAGGAAGGAGGGGGGUGGGGGAGGUUUGCGCACGCACGUGCCCACACCCAUAAUUUUAUGCAUCCCGCCCUGCGCAUGCGCGCCCAACCUCCCCUCCCCCCUUGCUCCUGGCCCGUUUUUCUUUGUCACCUGGCUCCAGAUCCUCUCUAUGCAUCUGGGGAGGGCGAAAAUAGCCUUCCCCACCUACCCCCAGGCCCUCCGGAGGCAGAAGACAGCAUGUUUCCCUACUUCUGGUGGUCCCAAAAGGCCUGAAAAUCAGGUGGCCGGCACGCACAUGCGCACCAGAGCUGAGCUGGCGUGCCCACUGAUAUGGCUAUGCGUGCCACCUGUGGCACGCGUGCCAUAGGUUCGCCAUCACGGGCCUAGAUUUAGUAGGAUCCCUUGAGGAUCCCUCUGGUUCCACGGGAUUCUGUCCAACCCCAGCCAGCCAGAGCCGUCUGACCCCCUGCUUUCCACGAGGUAAGAGCGCCCACCUUCUUUCUCCCUGCCUCCUCGUGGGAAGAAGUCCUCCGUUUCCACAUUUUUCCUUCCAAUGGAGGUGGCCAAGGCGUGUCAGAAUCACACAGAAUUUCCUGUUCUGAGGGAGUAGAGCCUCUUAAAACCAUCACUGGAAUUUUUACAUGGCACACGGGGUUGGUUGCUACAAAAGACUUGGAAAUAGGAUCCCUCUUCUGACCCAGCUCCUCAAACACGACAAACCCUCUGAAGUGAACUCAAAAGAUUCCUUUAAUUAGGAGCGCCGGGAAAAAGGUUCUCUCUCACCGCAGGCUCUAACAAGUCUGUCUGGCCGGAAGAUGAAUAGUUGUCUGCCAGAGCUAUUCAUCUCCGGCCCCUGCCUUUUAUCCCCAGAGCUAGGGUGGGGGCUUCAUUAGCAGCGGUGGCUCUUCCUUCCCAAGGACCGGCCCAUAGAUUUCCACUGCUCUCCUCUCCUCUGCCUUCUGAGCAUCCACGCAUCAGGCACUGGGCCCAGCUGUUCCUCCUCUUCUUCAUCAGCCACCUCCAGACCUGGGGGCUGUUGACUCUCCAUCUGAGGGCUGAUGGACGGUCCAGGCUCCCCUUCUGUCUCUCUCUCUCUGCCAGCUCCAUUCCCUCUUCCCCCUCAGAGCUCUCAGGUUGCCUUGACCCAGACUCCCACACCUCCUCCUCCUCCUCUGAUUCGGCCUACGGCGGCCAACAGGCCAUAACACUCCCUCAGGAGGACAAUGAAGAAAAUUCAUCACAUCCCUUGUUCAUCGGGAUGCCGGGCAAGAGGAGAAAAGCAAAGGAAAACGGUUGGAAAUUUUUUCAGGAAUGCCAAAGGCGCCUCAGAUCCCGAUGCCAGAGCAGACAGCUUUCUACCUGUGUAUUUAUUUAAAAGUCCAAAAAAAAAAACCCUUUUCUUCAGGCGCCCAUUUCUUCUGCCCAAGUUGUACAGAUUUUGCUAGAUUUUUUUUUACAUUAAAUGUUGACAUUAAAAAGAGUUUUAUUUUAAAAAGGCAAA